AUGUCAGCCCCUGCCAAAUCUCGAUGGGCAGACGAUAACCCGGAGACAGAGGCCGAACUCCAGCGGCGCAAGCAGGAGAAGGAGGCAAAGAAGCGCGCAAAGGCAGAGCGACAGCGACUCAUCGCAGAAAGGCAGCAGCAGCAGCAACAACAACAACAACAAACACAACAAUCGACGGAGCCCAGUGAUAAACAGCCGGAUAAGCCAGAAAAUGGAAGUGAACCGCCUACUAAACGACGCCGGCUGUCGAAUGAAACCCCCGACGAUGCUGGCGCUGCACCUGCACCACCGGCAAGGCUGCUGCAGUUUCCAGCCCCGGAAUGGGGGCCCUGCAGACACAUCGACAACUUCGAGAACCUGAAUGCAAUUGAAGAAGGAUCCUACGGCUGGGUUUCGAGGGCCAGAGAGACGGCCACAGGCCAGAUCGUGGCCAUCAAGAAGCUCAAGAUGGAGAACGCGUACGAUGGAUUCCCCGUCACCGGCCUGCGCGAGAUACAGACCCUGCUUGCCUCGAGACACCCGCAUGUCAUCCAGCUGCGUGAAGUGGUCAUGGGCGACGCAGUGGACGACGUUUUCCUGGUCAUGGAUUUCAUCGAACACGACCUCAAGAGCCUACUAGACGAGAUGAGAGAGCCCUUCCUGCCCUCCGAGACAAAGACGGUCCUCCUUCAGGUGCUCGGUGCAGCUGAGUUCCUGCACUCACAUUGGAUCAUGCACCGGGAUCUGAAGACUUCGAAUCUACUGAUGAACAACCGUGGGGAGAUCAAACUGGCUGAUUUUGGAAUGGCGAGGUACUAUGGCGAUCCACCGCCGAAAUUGACGCAGCUGGUUGUUACGCUGUGGUACCGGGCGCCAGAGCUGUUGUUGGGAGCAGACAAGUACGGUACCGAGAUCGAUAUGUGGAGCAUUGGCUGUAUAUUUGGGGAGCUGUUGACCAAGGAGCCUCUGCUUCGUGGCAAGAACGAAGUAGCCCAACUCUCAGAGGUAAAUCUUCUGUCUUCCCUACCGUCUUUCGUCUCGUUAGAAAUAUUCGCCCUUACCGGGCCACCAACAUCCCAGACAUGGCCAGGGUUUCGCUCCCUCCCUAACGCCAAAUCACUUCGUCUCCCACCGUCUUCUUCUGAUCCUUCUGGCCCGGCCAUCCCGCUACUAUCUCGCUCAAAGUUUCCCUAUCUUACUUCUGCAGGCCUAAGUCUGCUCUCUCACCUGCUCGCGCUCAAUCCGGCAGCCAGACCAACAGCAAAGUCAUGUCUGUCCCACCCGUACUUUCGUGAAGAUCCCAAGCCAAAGCCCAAAGAGAUGUUUCCUACCUUCCCGUCCAAGGCGAAUUUGGAGAAGAGGCGGAAGCGUGACACCCCCGAGGCGCCCAGGAGGGGGGAGGAAGCACCUAGGCUGGACUUUGCGAAUGUUUUUGGGGGAGGCGAUUCUGGCUCAACAGAGGCUGGAGCUGGCUUUUCUUUGAGAUUGGGCUAG